AUAUAAAGAGCCUCUGCUCAGCUGAGCGAGUUGAUGGAAGGUACCUUGACUCAAAUAUAGAUAUCUGAUAUCUAGGUUGUAAUCUCGUGCUCAAUUCAUUGGACACCUGCUUUCGGCCCGCCUUUUGGUUUCUGCCGCUGUCCACCCCCCCUUGCGGAUCCCGAACACCCCAAGAUUUCCCGGCAACAACAGCCUCGAAGCUGUGGAAGAAGAGGGUCGCUCUAUAUUUUCCGAUUCUUAUCGCAACCGCCAUGCAACAACCAGACAGUCGGAGCUGAACCUUCAAGCGUCGAUCACUUUUUGGGCCGUUUCUCUCUCCUACGAUGACCUGCCGUUAGCCUUGGCUCAAACACUGUCUCAACCCGUUGACAUUUAAACGACUGUUGAUCUAUUUUUAUCACUGGCCUUGGGUGCUGGGGAAUUUCCCUCAUACGUCAUAAGCGCGACUCGAACUACCCGCUGUCAUUGCUAGCUACCGCUCCUAAACCUUGCGCCUGAUACUGCCAUAUACGAUUCGAUACGAUCUCCCCCGCGAUUGCGACUACUGCAUGUCGAAACGCCCUCGUCGCGGCCGAAGAACCACAUACGAUGAGAUAGUGGGGGUGCGGGAAUGAAGGUUUCUGAUGUUGUUUCGAAACUGGAGGUAGAGAUGGCGGAGUCGCAGAACCAGCGCGACAAGCGCGUGGAGGACCUAUGGCAGAAGCUCGAUCCCGCUGGACACGGGGAGCUUGACUACAAGGGGCUGCAAAAAGGGUUACAGAGGAUAGACCACCCCAUGAAAAACGCCGAGCAUAUGCUCAAGGAGAUCAUCAAGGCCGUGGACUCAAAUGGGGAUGGAAAGAUUCAGUAUGAAGAAUUUCGAACUUUCGUCGAGACGGCGGAAAAGCAGCUUAGUCUGCUUUUCAAGGCUAUCGAUCGCGAUCAGGACGGCCGGCUCGACAAGAAGGAGCUGCAGACGGCCUUUCGGCGUGCCGGCCUGUCAGUGCCCUCGAGGAGGUUGGCCAACUUUUUUGACGAAAUAGACAUGAACAACGACGGGUUCAUCAGUUUUGACGAGUGGAGAGACUUUCUUCUGUUCAUGCCCACCCACCACCACAACUCCCCGCUCGAGGCUGUUUUAUCGUUUUACUCUUCGAUCGUUACCGUCAAUGCAGAGGGAGACUCGCUGGUUAGUGAUGACACUUUAGAGGGUUUAGGUACGACGGGAUUCCUCUUUCAAGCUCUCUUUGGUUCACUUUUGAGGAUUGUCAACCCCGAGGGAACCGCCAUCAAGUACACACAGAGGCCUUCGCCAGAGACGACGGUCGUCGCCGAACCUGAAGUGCCUGCUUCACCACACGCCCCGCAACACUACCACAAACCGCAACCUCGCUCACAGUUAGAGUCGCAAUUACACCACCAGAAACAACAUCUAACCCCCGAUCACGAGAACGAGCCAGGAUCCGAUAUGGCUCUCUCAUCCGCUGCAGUUGGCGUUCGCUACGGCGGCGCUGCCAGCUCGGCUCAGCAAAUGAUCAUGCCGAGCACCACCAACCAGCCAAUGCCAUAUUACGAGUCUUACGAGGACGGGCCCGAGGAUAUUUCUGUCAUGGCCGAGGAGGUCUCAGAGGAGGUGCAAACGAAACUGACAGAUUUACUACCUGAACCAGGUUACUUCCUCGCUGGCGCCGUCUCUGGUGGUGUCUCACGAACAGCUACCGCUCCUCUGGACCGCUUGAAGGUCUAUCUCCUCGUGAACACAAAGAAUGUCGAUAAUCCGGUACUCACCGCCGCCAAGAGCGGCCGGCCGUUUGCUGCCUUGCGAAAUGCUGGUGGCCCGAUCAUCGACGCGAUGGUAACCUUGUGGAAAACAGGUGGCUUCCGCACCUUCUUUGCAGGAAACGGUUUGAAUGUUGUCAAAAUCAUGCCGGAGUCUGCCAUUCGGUUUGGUUCGUAUGAAGCGUCUAAGCGCUUCUUGGCAGCCUACGAAGGCCAUGACGACCCGACUCAGAUCAGCACAGUUUCCAAAUUCGUUGCUGGUGGCAUUGGCGGAAUGACAGCCCAGUUCUGCGUCUACCCUGUUGAUACUCUCAAGUUCAGGCUCCAAUGCGAGACAGUUCAGGGCGGCUUGCAGGGCAAUGCUCUGCUCUUCAAAACGGCCAAGACAAUGUGGGCGGACGGCGGACUUCGCGCAGCGUACCGUGGCCUCGGGCUAGGUCUCAUCGGCAUGUUUCCGUACAGCGCCAUCGAUAUCGGCACAUUCGAGUUUUUGAAGAAGAAGUACAUCAAGACCAUGGCCAAAUACUAUGGAAUCCAUGAGGAGGACGCCAAGAUCGGAAACGUCGCCACUGCUGUUCUUGGAGCGUCUUCCGGAGCCCUUGGCGCGACUAUGGUGUACCCUCUGAACGUUCUUCGCACCCGAUUGCAAACCCAGGGAACAGCCAUGCACCCGCCGACUUACACAGGCAUCGUCGACGUCGCCACGAGGACAGUCAAGAAUGAAGGGGUUCGCGGAUUGUACAAGGGCUUGACGCCCAACAUCCUCAAGGUGGCCCCCGCGCUCAGCAUCACUUGGGUGUGCUACGAAAACAUGAAGAAGCUCUUGAAGCUUAAUUAGUCGACAAGAUCGACCACCAAAAAGUACAUAAGGGGAAGUAGAGGGAAGUUAGGGAGGCAUAUCGAGUUGUUUAUGGGGAAAACGAGCGAAAUUUCAGCAUCAUCUUGGCGUCUGGAUAGGAGAAGGAUAAUCUUGGGCUGAUUGAGCUUUUUGCUGGCUACAUUGCCACGGCGUUUGGGAUGCUCUUUGCACCGGAGAUACCACAUUAGAGAGAAGGCGAAAGAAGGGGAAGCUUGUGAAUCAAGAUCAUAGACGAUGUUUGUCGACUGGUGAGAUCAGAACCGCUCACGGCAUCACAAUACAAGAGAAUAAUUGUCAACACG